CGGUACUCGUGCUUGCUUGACAACUGCGAGAGUGAGAGCGACAGCACGAGACUUGGGCUUUAGCACGCCACAACCAUACUUGCUGCCAUGAGUCUCCGCAUAGCCGCCCGGCGGUUGGCGCUGUCAGCAAGGGCCCCGAACCAUCUUCCAAGCUCCCAAACACAUGUCUGGUCCACCGGCCUCGGAUCCUCGGUACAGCGACGACACAAAUGGUCCACCAAUAUCUUCAAGGGAUGGGGCAAGCCUCGCACAAAGGACAAUUUGGCGGCCACGGGCGAUCCCGUGACCGGGCAGCUCGACGACCCCAAGAACCGCGAGCAGUUCCUCGAGCGCAGCAUGUACAGCGGUGUUGAGGACAACAUCUUCCAGGACGAGAUCGAAGCACCUCAGAAGGGCCCGUCGACCGAGGCGACCCCGGGAGCGGGCGAGAUGGAGCAGAAGACGAAGGAGAACAUGGCUAUGGUUGUGGACCCCGACCCUCGGAGUCGUAUCCGCUGGCAGCGCAAGAAGGUCAUUCAGAUGGUCCGCCGCAACGGUCGCCUGACUAAGGAGGAGCGCAUCAAGAUGUCAGAGCGUGAGCUGCUGCACAAGAGCGAGUUCAUGCCUACGAGUGUCAAGAAGCUUGUCAUGCUUGCCCGCCAGAUCGCCGGCAAGCCCGUCGACGACGCCAUCACCCAAAUGUCAUGGUCCAAGAAGAAGUUUGCUGCUGAGGUGCGGUACUACCUCGAAGAAGCCCGCGACUUGGCAAUUGCUCAGCGCGGCAUGGGUCUGGGUCAGGCCAACGGCGAGACAUUCGCCAAACCUCGCAAGAUCCAGACCAAGGAGGGCAAGUGGAUCGAGAUCACUGACCCGACACGUAUGUAUAUUGCUCAGUCGUGGGUGGGCCGGGGCACCUGGCGGGGAAAGAAAAUCGACUACAAGGGCCGUGGCAGGAUGGGUAUUAUCCGACAUCCUAGCACGAGCUUGACCAUCCUGCUCAAGGAGGAAAAGUCCAGAAUCCGAGAGUAUGAGGACCGCGAGGCCCAGAAAGCCAAGAAGGGACCCUGGGUGCAUCUACCCAACCGACCCGUCUACGGACAACGGCCGUACUACUCGUGGUAAAGUUUACAUCCACGUUAUUUGUGUUGGCAGGACAAAAGAAUUGGAGAGCCUAGGCAUUGGCGGGGUUUGCAUGUAAUCCCUCUUAGACACCUGUAAGAUAUGUACACAAGGGAAUAGUUGUACAAUUGAGCAAAAAAAAGAAAGGCUAGUGCCAUGGAA